CGUGUAGAGGUUUUUAGAACCGGAGAAGUGUUAUUGUGGAAACCAGAGAAGAAUCAGUAUAAAAAGGUAGCGGGUUAGAGAUACAGCAGCUGAAAUAACACCUUCUGGAGUAUGCUAUGUAUGCAGACAAUCGCUAAACUCGGGGACUCCCUACAGUAGUGUAUCACGCCGGAGCCGCAAUCGCUCAAUGAAACUUUCUCUUGUCCAAUAAAAAGUGGCAGCAGAGCAGGGACAUAGUUACGGAGAUGUAUGUACGUCCCCGAACAAAGGCACUGGUGAGAGAAACAAAGUUUUUGACGGAACUUUUAAGUGUGAUCGUUUUCUAAUGGGUGUAAGUCCAGUGACCUUUGGUUUUUGGCCCAUUAACCCGCUGUACAAAACAUAAUUAACUAGUUUUGUGGAUCAUUUCUGAGGUAUAUGGUGACUCGCCAGGUACUCUAGGACUGAAUAGGACUGAAUGGGUUUUUUUUUGUGUCCAAAUUACCAACAGGUUGUUGGUACUUCAAAUAGUAUGUACAACGUGGCUCAUCUUUGGCCUUUUACCAGGAACUAUUAACUAAACAGAACCAGACCAUCGUGAUCUAUUUAAAACUCUCGACCGGUAUUUUUGGAGCUUUAAACAUUGACGUGGAAAAUCCAGGUAGGCUAUAUUUACCCUAGGAAUCAAUCCAGCGUGUCGGACACAUAUAUACCUUGGGGCAUCUGGGCGUACAUAUGUACAGUAGUUGUCCAUUGAUAAACAUCACAGCGAUCUGGUGGAUUUGUAGGACAUUGUGAAUUAUAUCGCCGGACACAGCAUGAUUAGGACGAAAUAUAACGUAUAUAAAUAGAUUUUCGUCAUGGACGUGUGUGUUCUGGGAAAAUAAAGACGAACUUUAUAGGAUGUGUAUGUUAAUUGGCCGUGCGGAAUACACAGCGUGAUAAUUAGUGUAAUAUAUUAUGUGGAAAAUAAACGACCCCAGCUCUACAGGUACAGCCUUAACACAGCCAUAUCUGUGUUUUACACAGGUGUAAGCAAAUAUGGCGUCCAAAUUGAUCGAUAUUCCAAUACAAUCGGUGGUGUACCCGUCUGGAGAUAGGGGGCACUAACGUUUUAAACAUUCCACGUGAGUGAGGUUGUGUAAAUGUCAACACAGGUAAGUGUUUCCGUUAUAGAUUGUGGGAUAUAAAGAUGGCGUCCUCUGACACUAAAUUGUCGGAGACCCGACAGCUAUUCUCUCUGAAGGACAUCACAGAGUGUUAUAAACUGCCCAAGUUCGUCAGGGUAGUUGGAGGGAAGGAUCUGAAGGGUGUGUACCGGAGAACGGGGAUAAAAAAAGGUGACUUCAUCUAUCUACACACGCUCGCCGUGGACAACAUUAAUCUGUCAUUUUUUGACACCGAUACUGGGUCAAGGCGGGUCGCCAGAGUCCCAGCCAAAACUGCCAUCAAAUUCAAAAUUGUUUCGCCAAUGUGUUCACACCCUUCUGGAGAUAAACCAAAGAUAUAUCCAACCGUGGGCGAUUUAUUGGAAGUCUUUCCGAUGAAAUUCCAGGCCAACAAAGGCUACGAUGACCCAUACUUGCCUGCUAUUUUCCGUAAAGAUGAAACAUUCAGAUUCCAUCGAAAAAUCCGUAGUCCAAUGGACGAACAAAUAUUUAUGGAAUGUGAGGACGAGAAAGGAAAUAUAAUCCAACUUCCGAAAUCUUGUCACGGAGACUUUUCUGUUCUGGAAGACGACAGAAGUUACACAUUACAAGAAAUUAUAUCAUUUGGGGUGGUGUCUAGAAAACUUAAACUGUCCAGUGAAAAUAUGAAUCUUGUGGCCGUCGAAGAAUCUCGGACAAAUGAGAAGGAUGAUCGCGAGCCCAUAUAUGGUAACAUUACAAACAAAGAACUGACUUUGUCCAGAAUCACGGGGCUACCCUUAACCCACAAAGGCAUCAUAACAAUGCAAAAACCGGAAGUGUUCUUUGUAGCGUCACCAAAGGAUGAUUUGGGUGUCCGAUGGAAGAUUGACCUUAACCUCGACCUUGACGUAGUAUCAAGUACGGAAUCAGAGCAUGAAAAGCCCAUGACAAAGGAAUACUCCCUCCGUAAAUUUGUGACGGAGUUCCAGACAGAAUUUCCAAUUACAGCCGUAAUUACAAAUUAUAAAUCCAUCCCAGGUGCGUUCAGAAGACAUUUUUCACAAGAGUUGGAAGUGUUGGUGCACCAUGUAGAACACGACCCGAAGUUGUUAGGUACAACGGAAAAGGACUUCUAUAGUAUUUCAAACAACGUGAAAGGACGUUUUCGGAAAGCGCUAAGGCGUUUCAGAUCAAUCAUAGACCUUAUUGAACUUAAUGAACCAAUCAAUGUCAAGGUCAUGGAGGAUAUUGCUUCUGAUGUUCCCGCGCCAUUUUCAUUAAGAUCCGGCGAUGUUUUAGUGUUCAAAUCCUUAACAGUUCUUAAAUACAAAAUCAAAUUCAGUAAAAAGACUUACGUUGAUAUUCCAGUAGUAGGAUGCUACAAAAUUCUGGAGGAUGGGUCAAAGAAGGCAUUGUAUCUCCCAGACGACCUUGAUCUGAAGUUGAUCGAACUGCCGCCUCCUGGGAAGGAGAAAGGAUUCCGCGCUGACGCCAUAUUUUCCGGGCGGGUGUCGCUGCCAGUGGACGUCGACUUUCUACCGUUUGAUGAUACCAGAUCGCCGCUACACUGUGACCGCGAAAUCAGCCUGGAGUAUUUAGUGUCCGACCCAUACGUCGUCAUAUCGACGAUACCAUCCCGACGACAGCGGCGGACAUCCGGACUGGACGCUAAAGUCGAAGUUUGCAUGAAAGUGCCAAUACGUCAUGACGUGACUUUAAAGUUAUCAGAGAAAUUACAAUUUCCGACGAGUUAUUUCCGGUUUCCCCCCAAAGAAGCAUGGGCUCAGAUCGAUGUAGAGGAACUCCAAAAAGACGUUUAUGAUAAUUUAGUAAAGUACAGCGACCAAGCAUAUGAGGACUACCAACCACCGGAAGUCCCUAAAGCAAGCGCCUCCGUUGGAUGCCUCGUAGAAAGGGCGAGCGAGGAGGAAAAGUACAACCUGUGGAGAAAGAAGAACAAAUCGCUGUCUACCCUUCCACAAAAUUCACGUCAAUCAAAGAAGCUAGAGGAAAAGUCGGAGGUUCAAUACAAAAGCGAGAGCGACCUAAAGGCAGCUACAGUCAGGGAGUUCGCACAGGAUGAUAUAGUCUAUGCUGAUGAGUGUAUAUACGAGGCUUACAGUGUGCCAAACCCGAAACCAGAACGGCCUCCUCGACCAAAACGAUUCCGAAGAAAAACAUCCAAAUGUUAAUGAGAGCUUGAUCGGGUCUCUGUUGUGACCGAUCAUUACCGACACGGAGUCUAGUCUUGUUAAACAUGCAUCAAACACAUCACUUCAUCAUUCAGUAUCGGCGAUGCAGUACUUCACCAGGAGACAGAAUAUUUUUAAAAUAUGUUCACAUAUGCAAUAAUCAAUUUGUGCAAUGUAGAUACUUACACAAAAUAUUUAUUCAUUUUAGUAUCAUGGUAUUUCGUCGUCUGCCGGCCUGUCCGGUGUAAACUUUUAUAAGGGAUACGGGUACCCUAGAGUUAUCACAGUCUUUCUUUCCGCCCACAAAUAUUGUUCUCGGCCGAUAACCGAUUUUUAAGAAAUUUGGUUAAGAUAUUUAGUUCACAAAAACACAGACCAAUUAAACAAUCAAGGUCAGAGGUCAAGGUCAUGGUCAUUAGAUACAAUGGUCAGGGACAUUCUUUGGUCAGAUUAAGCAAGGCGUCAACUGACUAAAGGUCGCGAUGCUAUUGGUCAAAGAUUAAGGUCAUUAGGUCAAAUACUUUUUUCACUGAUGAUUUUUUUCUAGAAACUGAUGAGGCAAAGCUUGGGUGAAUUAAACAAGGAGACAACUGACCUAAUGUCAAGGUCAUCAGUCAUGUAUCUUUUCACUAAUGAGUGUUUUGCUAUGACAUUUUGAAGCAGUCUAUCAGAAUUUAAUAAGGAGUCGGCUGGCUAAAGGUCAAGGUUAUUUGGUCAAAUGUAAAGUCUUUUCUGUAUAUAUUCAAUGAUGAACAUUUUGUUAUGACACUAUUAAGCAAGGUUGUCACAAUUAAUCAAGGAGUCAGCUAACUGAAGGUAAAAUGUCAAGGUCAUUUGGUCAAAUGUUAAGGUCACAUUUCAUUAUCUUAAUGAUGACCAGUUUAUCAUCACAUGAUGAAGCAAAGAUAUAUUUUGCAGAAAAAAAAUUAAAGUUAGCUGUAUAUGGUAUGCUAUUCGAAAUGUGAGAUUUGUUUUUCUGGGCACAUAGAAAUUUCAGAUAUCAAAGGUAACGGGUGUGAAAAAAGAGUAAAAAUGAUAUUUUGAAGUACCUGUUAAAUAAAUGUAUGGUUAAAGACAAAUCAAAAACUUAAAACGUUGAUCAAAGUGACCUCGUUUUACAUCUUGUCUGAUUUGGUAAAAAAUUAGAAACAUGACUAAGAAACUUCCAUGAACUGUCCGCUACAGUAACAGUAAUCAUGCCUCGCAUUGGGAUUAUUAUCUAUAUUUGGCAAGUUGCUGACCCUUUAAGAACCCAUGGGUUCUAAAUGCCUAGUCCAAAAACGGGUCACUUAUAGUGCAUUUUUAACUUUAAUAAACUACAUUUUUACAACCGAUCUUUUUUAAACUUGGUAUGCUUUAUAAUCAUGAUAUAAAGCCGUGUUUCCUUAAACCGCAUUUGUAUUCAACCUCUUUUGCAAAAGUUAUUGUCCUUUGUUUAUUUCAGUGUUUUGUUUGAUUUUUGUCCAGAGAUCCUACAUUUUUUGACAUCUUUCUUUAAAAACUUAGUAGGCUUUAUAAUCAUGGUAUUCAGUCUUCCCCGAGAGGCAUUGAUUCAACUGUUGUUGUCAAAGUUAUCACCCUUUGUUUAUGUCUACAGUUUUCUACCAAUUUUAGUCAUAAUAUCAACUGUAUUGUUGACUUCGUAGUGUAUGGGGAGAGUAUAUUAUUUCUAUGCAAUAUAUUCAUACAUAUAUUGUUCUUCCAAGCAGUACUCUUAUCAUAUUUUCAUCUAAUGUAAAGUGAAUCGCUUUAAUACUUCUGUACAUUUGUUGUCAACAUUGAUUUAGAGAAUAAUCUGACUCCCCCUCCCCCAAUUAUUAGAAGAAUGCUAUAUAAUUUGUGAUUUUUGAAUGCCUAAUUUUGUAUUCAUUUACUAAAGUACUUUUUAUUAAUGUGGAAAAAAAGGUAUCAUUAAUUAUGAUUAUGUAUUGUAAUUUAGAAUGGGUAUUAUAUAAUAAAUUCGUUCAUACACUGUAAAAAGAAAUAAUUUGUAAAUGUAUCUGUACAGAACAGUUCAUGCUUCCCUCAAAAUUAUUGGUUGAUAAUUACAUCCCGGCACAUUAAUAAUUGAUUUAUAUUUACAUUUUAAUACAUUAACAUCAGAGUUCUACUCAAAUAUUGGUGGUCAAAGUUUAAAUGCUAAUAAUGUAUAAUGUAAUCAUACUUGUUUUGACACACUCAAAUUUUAGGGCAUAAACUUAAAAUUCAAACAGCCUAGAUUAGCUAUAUGAUAAAUCAUAACAUCAAAAAUAUUCAUCAUCGAAAACUGUUUCAUUAGUGUCAUCGUGAUUCAGCAAUUUUUUUUAAGAAGGCACAGGUUUAUAUUAUCUAAAUGUGCCCUAAUGCAGUUUGUUAAAGGUUUGAUCAGUUAGCAUACUUACAAACAUAUUUAUUAUUUGUAUACAAAUUUCUUAACAGAAAUCUGUCAAUUUCAGUAAUACUGGUAAAUCAAUAGAGAAUAUCAAAGUGUCUUCAGUAUUAAUGCCAAAUAUAUUUCACAAUAGGGCUAAUAUUUUGAUAUUUUUCACGAGUGCACAGCAUGAGUGUGAAAUGUAUUUGCUAUAACUGAAGAUACUGAUAGAUAUUCUGUUAUUACAUUUUUAUAGUAAAAAUAUACCGAGUCAGCUUUUAAAUUUUCCAAUCGUCGUUUGUAAGGAGUGUUUUGAUUGGUCAAAUCAGAAAAAGCGAUAUUUUUCACCAGUGCGAAAUAUCACUUUUGUAAAAUGAAUAAUUUUCGAUGUUUCACUGGUAAAAAUGACAUUGUAAUAAAUACUUAAUUCACUAAAGAAUAAAUUCAUUAUUGGAAUGUUUACAAACUUUUAUUGUGAUUUUAAGAUAUGUUAAAAUAAUGUAAAAACAUUCUCCAUAGUAUAAGUACUCAUGAGAUCCAAUGUUCGUAUAUUUUGAAUAAAAAAAUCACACAGGACUGUU